AGUUUUGCUGUGAGGGAAUUCGAAUCCCACACGGCUUGGGUUUAAGUUUUGCUAUGCAAAGCUUCUAUAAAUAAAUGCGAAUGAGUUUGGUUGAUUAUGAGAUUCUCUCCUUUUGUAGCUAAACCUCCCAUUCACGACAUGGAUACAGUGAAACAGGAAGCAGAAAAGCUAAGAGAAAUCCUAGCCCAAGACCUCCGCGGCCGGAAAUUUUUCAAUAAGUUGGAGAUUGAACAGAAACGCCUAAAAAGAGUUCGCGAAGAGGAACAACGUGAAGCCGAAGCAAAAGCCCUACGUAAAAAGCAAUUAUUAGAACAGAAGAGGAAUUCUACCGUUAAUAAAUCCGACAUACAAUGCCUGAAGAUCAAACCAGAAGAAUAUGCAUCAUCUUCUUCAUCAGCCUCCCUUCCGCGAGAAGAAGUUCUUCGCCGCCUAAGGUUUUUAAAACAACCGGUGACUUUAUUCGGAGAAGUUGAGGCGGCAAGGCUUGAUAGGUUGAAUUUUGUAUUGAAAGCUGGAUUGUUUGAAAUUGAUGAUAGUGAUAUGACUGAGGGGCAAACCAAUGACUUUUUGAGAUCUAUUCUGGAAUUGAAGAAGCGACAGUCAGGGAUGACGCUGAGUGAAAUUAAGAAGCGCAAGACCACAACAGAUCAGGAUAAAGACGAUGAUGAAGAUUUGAAGAGGAUGAAAACAAAUUUUGAGGAAUUGUGUGAUGAGGAUAAGAUUUUGGUGUUCUUCAAAAGGCUAAUGAAUGAGUGGAAUGAGGAGAUUGAUGAUAACAUCACUAGUCCUAAUCAAGCAGAUCAAAACCAGAGGGUAGCUACAUGUAUGGAAUGUGCUAGGGACUUGAAUCCAUUAUUCGAGCUGUGCAGGAAAAAGUUACUUGCUGAGGACAUAAGGCAAGCACUAAUUAUGAUAGUUGAAUGCUGUAGGAAGAGGGAAUAUUCAGCUGCAAUGGAUCGAUAUAUUCAGAUAUCAAUUGGCAAUGCGCCUUGGCCUAUUGGUGUGACUAUGGUUGGUAUUCACGAACGUUCAGCUCGCGAGAAGAUUCACACGAAUAAUGUUAGUGCUGCUCAUAUCAUGAACAAUGAGACAACUAGGAAAUACCUGUACUCAGUUAAAAGACUGGUGACAUUCUGUCAACGACGCUACCCAACAGUGCCAUCCAAAUCUGUGGAGUUCAAUAGCCUUGCUAAUGGCAGUGACUUGCACUCUCUGCGUGCUGCACAAGAGGCAAGGCUUUCAAUUAGCUGUUGUAUGAAAGAAAUAAUAUAAGGAUCACGGAAUCUUAAUUGUGUUAAUAUUUGUAUCCUAGUGUUCCAAGCUUGAAUCAAGACCAAAAUGUUCCUUUAACAGGAGCAUAUAAGUGACAGUCAUAAAUCGAAGCAAAAUCUUUUACAGUAACUCUUAUUUUAGGCAUGGACAACGAAGGAUUAAGAAUAAGAAACACACAGUCUUGAGGAAAUCAUAAACA